AUGGGGCCUUGUAUCAGUACACCGGAUACAGUAGGGAAUUCAAUACCGCGAAAUACAUCUCUCGAUGCAACAUGCUUCAAAGAUACGAAGGUUCCCAUCAUUUUCUUGAUUGGAGGUCCCGGAGCAGGGAAAGCUAAACAUUGCGCAAGAUUGGCGUCAAAAUAUGGAUUUACGCGAAUCUCGGCGGGCAAAUUAAUUCGCGACGAGGUGACGGAAGGAACCGAGCGCAGCCGCAUCAUUGGGGAUAUCAUCACGUGCGGAAAAUUGAUACCAGCGGACGUGAUGCUGGAAAUGAUAAAAAGAAAGAUGUUGGAAAACAGGGAAAGUCCGGGAUUCGUGCUGGACGGUUACCCCCGACAAACGAUUCAAGGGAAAAUGUUCGAGCAGGAGGUCGCCCCAGUGGAUUUGGUGAUCUACUUGGAAGUGAACGAGCGUAUCCUGAAAGACAGACUAUUGGGAAGGGCCGCGUCAUCGGGAAGGAUAGUCCAGGACAUGGAAGCGGUGAAGGGUCGGAUCCAGAUAUUCCGGAAGAAUGCCCCAAAAGUCCUGAAAUAUUACAAGUCGAAAUUGGUGACUAUCAAGGCAGAGUUCGACGCGGAGGACAUAUUCGAGCAGAUCUGCGAAGCGAUCGACAAAAUACCGGGAAAGACUAUCCCAGGAUCUUAG